AUGGCUCGUUCGCUACAAAAAUUUGCUAUUUUCAUGGGAAUAUUUGCUACUAUAUUUGCUUAUUUGUACCAUGUACCUCAUAGUCAAGGCGUUGAUGAAAUGAAAAAGAUUCGACCUUUAAGUGCAUCAAUGAAAAUUAUUAAUUUUAUUGUUGAAGAUACAAAAAUCGAUCAUAUUCCUGUAAGGAUAUAUCGUUCAAAUGUGAUUGCUAAAAACGAUAAAUCAUUACAUCCAGCUAUUAUCUACUAUCAUGGAGGAGCGUUCUACAUGGGAUCUGUGGACACUCACAACGGUAUAACAAGUACAUUGGCUCGAUUGACAAAUUUUAUCGUCAUCUCGGUUGCUUAUCGUCUUGCACCCGAACAUCCAUUUCCUAGUGGUUUAGACGAUUGUCAUAAAGUGACAAAAUACGUGUUUAAUCACGCAAAAAAAUAUCAUAUUGAUGAAAAUCGAAUUGUUUUAGCUGGAGAUUCAGCUGGGGGUAACUUUGCAGCUGUGCUAACUCAACGUUUCAUUGAUGAUGGUUAUUCUCCAAAAUCUCAAGUUUUAAUAUAUCCUGUUAUUCAAUUUUUCGAUUUUAUGUUACCAUCAUAUAUGCGUAGUACAUUAACACUAUUUCAUUUUGGUUCAACAGCUGAAAUUCUAUCACUGUAUUUAAAUACAACUAUAAGUUCAGAUAUUAUGGCUAAUAAUCAUACAACACCAAAAAUAAAAAAACAAUUUGCCAAAUAUGUCGAUUGGUCACUACUACCAGACAACUUUCUUGAUGGACGAAAACCGUUAAAACCUGACUAUGGUAGUAAAGAGUUAUAUGAUGAAGCAAAACAAGUUUUGUCAAAAGACAUUUCACCAUUGUUAGUAGAAGAUAAAUAUUUAAAGAAAUUACCACUAACGUAUAUAUUAUCUGUUGGUCAUGAUAAAUUAAGAGAUGAAGCUUUUAUUUAUGCAAAACGUUUAGAACAAUUGGGUGUCGAAGUUGUACAUGAUCACCAUGAAAACGUAUUUCAUGGAGCAUUGAAUUUUCUCCAUGGACCAUUUCAUUUGAAAGCAGCUCAUACACUGAUAGAUGAGGUGCAACCGGUACCGGUACGAAUUAUAACGCCGACCGGUGUAGCGGCAUUAGUACGUAUGUCGGCCGAUAUUGCUGGUAUUUUGCGGUAUGAUACCAAUUUUUUCGAAGAACAUCAUUAUAUAAUUGACAAGAAAAAGAUGGUUACAUCGAUUACGACGCCGGCAGCUGGUCCGUUGGCGGCUACAAUAAUAAAUCCACGUGAAAAAGCUCUGGAAGAUUUUCGAAAAAGAAUUAUGGAACAUAAAGAAAUUGAAGCAAGAUUAAAACAAAUGCGUGAAGAUCUUCGUUCGUUAACAAAAGAGUUUGAUAAAAGUGAAAAUGAUCUAAAAGCAUUGCAAAGCGUUGGGCAAAUUGUUGGUGAAGUAUUAAAACAACUAACCGAGGAAAAAUUUAUUGUUAAAGCCACCAAUGGUCCGCGUUAUGUUGUUGGUUGUCGACGUCAAUUAAAUAAAGUUAAAUUACGACCUGGUACUAGAGUGGCGUUAGAUAUGACAACAUUAACAAUUAUGAGAUAUUUGCCUCGUGAAGUAGAUCCGUUAGUUUACAAUAUGUCGCAUGAAGAUCCAGGUAACGUAUCCUAUUCAGAAGUCGGUGGUUUAUCAGAACAAAUUAGAGAAUUGAGAGAAGUCGUCGAAUUGCCAUUGACAAAUCCAGAAUUAUUUCAACGUGUUGGAAUCAUACCACCCAAAGGAUGUUUAUUAUAUGGACCACCCGGCACUGGAAAAACAUUAUUAGCACGAGCUGUUGCUAGUCAACUAGAUUGUAAUUUUCUUAAAGUUGUGUCUAGUGCCAUAGUGGAUAAGUACAUUGGUGAAAGUGCUCGAAUGAUACGUGAAAUGUUUGCCUAUGCAAAAGAUCAUCAACCUUGUAUUAUAUUUAUGGACGAAAUCGAUGCCAUCGGAGGACGAAGAUUUUCUGAAGGCACAUCAGCUGACCGUGAAAUCCAACGUACAUUAAUGGAACUUUUGAAUCAGAUGGAUGGUUUCGAUACAUUGGGUAAAGUCAAAAUGAUUAUGGCAACUAAUCGACCAGAUACAUUAGAUCCGGCUUUAAUGAGACCCGGAAGAUUAGAUAGAAAAAUUGGUAAGGAAAUUCCAUUACCCAAUGAACAAGCUCGUCUUGAUAUAUUGAAAAUUCAUGCUUCACCUAUUGCAAAACGUGGAGAUUUGGAUUAUGAAGCAAUUGUUAAAUUAUCGGAUGGUUUUAACGGUGCCGAUAUGAGAAAUGUUUGUACGGAAGCUGGUAUGUUUGCUAUUCGUACUGAACGUGAUUAUGUGAUGGAAGAAGAUUUUAUGAAAGCUGUACGCAAAGUGUCAGAAAAUAAAAAAUUAGAAACAAAAUUCGAUUAUAAACCAGUUUAA